AUGCGAGAUCACCGCACCGACGUCCUUAUCAUUAAUCCCUCCCCAUCCCAUCUUCCCUCCUUCCACCCUAUAAUCCUGAGUGGGGAGUCUUUAACUCAUACCGCAUCAAAACUGGUGGACCAGGUCGAGUCUAAUAUCGAAAAUACUGGCAGCCAAGACCCGACAAGAACAACGCCGACAGUUGACGGACGUAAGGACGGCAAUGGCUCCAAAGACCCUAUAUUUGGACCGGCGCAACGGACAGAAGCAGGCACUACGCAACAGAAGGAAAAUCUGGGGCAGGUGGGAUCCGAGGAUGCUUCGGCACCCAAAGAUGAUAUACCACAGGCCUCGGGAGGAGCCAAAUGGUACCUGCGUUACGUAAACAAAGGCUUAACGUCUGAAGAGGCCAAGAAGAAAGUGCUGGACCGGGAGAAGUCCAAUGACAGCACAGGCGUGGUUGCGAAAACUAGACCCCCGGAGGGAAAUCCGGAGAAAAAGGCACCCCUAGAUUGGGAAAAACCCGGUGACAGUAAACGGGUGGCUGCGGAGCUUAGUCCUCCUGAAGGAAAGCCGGAGAAGAAGAAGAGCCGUCUUGAAACAGUGGCUCCAAAACCUAAGGCAGGGGCCAGGAAGCCGGGUGUUAGCUAUGCUAGCGCCACUAAGCGCAUUAGACUGGCAGUUCUGCCGAAGGCUUUCCCUGAGAGUACACUCACUCGUGAGGAUCAGGGAAAAAUUGAGGACGCCAUUGUGGAGGAGAUGGGUAAAGGUUGGAGGUCAAUACUCCAACUCGACGGCAUCCACUUUCGGCCAGGCCUUAUACUGGUCGACUGUUUGGAUGCAGAAUCAGCCGAAUGGUUGCGCGAAAUUGUCACAAAACUGCCUGACUGGGAUGGUGCGGAACUGACUACGUGCGAUGGGGACAACAUACCCAGGAGGCACGUAAUCACUACGUACCUACCAAAAGCGGCAGGAGUGGACACGCAGAAACUGCUGAACCUCAUUAUAGCACAAAAUGAGGGAAUGCAUACCGACCUAUGGAAGGUUUAUAGGAGCAAUGAUGAGAAGACGGGCAAACUGCUAACGAUCGGGAUUGACGACCGGUCGUUGGACGCUAUCAAAAAGAAAAAUUGCAUCCUACGAUACAGGUUUGGUAGUGUUCCAGUGCAUGUGCACAAGGGCAGGGAACCGAAGGCGAAGAUAGUCAAGACAGAUACUCCACCGGGUGGUUCGGAAUUACCGAAGGAGGUGGCUGAGAUGGUAGCCGUGGAAGCAGCUAGGAGCGCGGUAGUAGAGGAAGUCAGUCUUUUACCUCAUGAGAUGGAGGGUAUAGACGACUUCGACCUCGGGCUACUGACCAUUUGUGCUGAUGACGACUCGGAGAGAGCCACCUUGUCAGAGUUUGACGAAACUCUGACAACGGACGAAGACGAUGACCAGCACUAA